AUGCAAUGUCGCUGGUCCCAGUCGUUUCGUUUUCUACUCAAUAAAAGUAAACGUUUUUUUUUCAUUCCGUCAUUCUUGUUGGUCAACUUAGAAGUAGCUGACAUUGAUUCUGGGAGCUGCCAGGUGGGCCCUACUCCUUGUCAUACUAAGCUCCAAAGAUCUUCUUCUCCUCGUCCGAGCCAAAGAACUCCUGAUUAUUCCUUCGAGACUAGAAGAAAUAUAUAUAAGCUGGACGUAGGGGCGCGGCAGUCGCAGCUGCGGGGAGGUCGGUGCAGGCAAGUACACCGGACAACACUGGGAUCACCCUUCCGGCGUUCUUGGACUACAAAAAAAAAAAAAAGGUGCCCUGUGGAGGCACCCUGA